AUGGGGCGGAAAGCUGGUGGGCUUUUUAUCAACUCUAAGAGAUUCAGUUCACUUCAUAAACCUUGCAUGAAGGAAAUGAUAAUGUUUAUGAACUGUAUGGCUACAAGCCAUAGCGAUGUUGAGGCAUGUGCUAAGCAGAAGGAAAUAUUAAAUACAUGUAUAGAAUCUCAGAGCAAAAAGAACAGAAAGUCUUGGGGGAGUAUCAAUUAUCAACUGCAGAGGCUUAGCCGAGGAAGGAAGUAG